AUGAGACUGAACGACGGCGUCCAUCCCCAGCAGGCACAGCCGCGUGCGACGAGCGAAGGUAGCGCUAGUACUCUGACGACCAACAGUAUCACUACAGCGGGUCUGGAUGAACCGUGGGACGGUCGGAGUGUGGCUUCUUCUUCGUGCCAUAAGCUCUACGACCGCGAAGAUCAAUCGCAAGAACUGGCCGACGCUUAUCAGCGUUGCUGUUCUUGUGAUGGUACGAGUGAAUUGGUGUUGGUGACGGGUGCUUCGGGGACCGGCAAGUCGGCGUUGGCAAGGUCCAUUCACUCGUUAGUACAAGCCGAUGGUGGAUUUUUGAUUCAAGGCAAAUUCGAAGACCACGGUGGACGAUCCCACGGUCCCUUUUUGGACGCCGUGGAAGAUUUUGUGGUCCAACUGGUGGCUCAAAGUACAUGUAGUAAACGUGAAGGAAAAGAAGAAGGAGGAGAAGAAGAUUCUAUCCGGACGAAACUGGGGCGAGCCAUUCAAGAGGUGGUCGGAUCCGAGUUGUUUGUGCUGCAAAAAGCCAUUCCCACGUUGAAUCAGAUUUGGGAUGAACACACCAAUGGUACCAUGGAUUCAAGGGAACAACAAGAACAACAGGUUCCCACAAACUCCAGUGAAACGGCUUUGGCAGGAGUUCAUGUUGCCCACGAAGGCUCCUUUUCCUCCAAGCACCUCAGUGGUCCACGCAGACUGGAUCGAACUACCUCUGUCACCACCUUCGACGUGGGAGUAGCCGAUGACAAUCCGGCUCGAUUUGUGGCCGUUUUUUGUCGUCUGAUCCAAGCCAUGGCAUCCUGUGACAUUCCAAUAGUCAUUCUACUUGAUGAUCUGCAAUGGGCCGACCCACCAUCCCUUGAGAUCCUCAAAUCACUCCUCGAAGAGUCCGACCCCCGCCAACCACUCAUGCUUUUAGGGACGUGUCGUGGCAAUGAAGUCCAUAUACACGAUGGACUCGCCGUCAUGCUGCGACAACUCGAAGCUACCAAUACCGCCAUUACCGACAUUCAGGUACAAAACGUUUCCGAAGUCGCCACGGCACACAUGAUGGCCGAUUUGCUCUCGCAUCAUCAUCGUCAUCAUCAUCCAUCCGAUGAUGAUGAUAGCACGACGAGACACCAAUUCAUGCCCCUGGCUCAAGUCGUCAACAGUACCACUCAGGGAAAUGUCUUUUUUGUCAGACAGUACGUCCAAACUCUACUGGACGAGAGGGUACUCUUCAAAGACGUGGAAACACAGCAGUGGACGUGGGAUGAAGCGGCCCUCGUGCUCCACAUGCCCGACUACUCGGAUCAUUCCGACGACGAAAGUGCCCGUUCCAAUACUACCGGUAAUGGCAAACUGAUUAUCCAAUUGUUGGCACGAAAGCUACUCAAAUUGCCAGAGCAUGUCAUUGAAACUAUGAAAACGGCAGCCUGCUUGGGGUCGACCUUUCAAGAAACCAUCUUAUUCCACGCCAACACCAUUCCCGCUUCGCUACUGGUCCAGGCACUCCAUGUGGUCAGCAAGGAAGGAUUUAUAUCUCAUAACGUCCAUAUUGGAAUGGGCCAGUUCAAACACGACAAGUUUCGAGAAGCCGCGCUCUCACUCAUUCCCGAUGACGAACAACAACAACGAGCCCAGUAUUAUUUGGCCGUUGGACGCAAUCUUCGAAAGCAAUUGUCCGUUGCCAUGGUCAAGGCCAACUGCAUCCUGAUUGUGAAUCAACUCAAACAUGGGUUGGACUUUGUCAUGGAUCCCGACGAACGAGAUGACUUUGCCCGCUUGUUUCUUAGAGCCAGUAAGGAAUCAGCCAAAACGUCUGCCUUUGUGGCGGCCUCCCAAUACACGGACUAUGGUAUUGGGCUAUUGAGCCAUCGCCAUUGGAGAGACCAGUACAACCUCAGUCUGGAACUGUUUACUGCCGGAACGGAACUCGCAUACUGCAUUGGUGACAUGGGCAAGCUCGAGACACUGGUGGAACAGGUCCGGCAGAAUGCGCGGUCCAUUGGAGACAAGACCCGCGUCCUGGCCACGCAAAUCAUGGCGUAUUGUGGCAAGGGAGAACCCACCAGUGGACUCAACCUGUGUUAUGAUACACUGCAAGAACUCAAAGAACCUUCACCAAGAUAUACCGGAGAGGUGGGAGUUAUUAUCGAGUUGGUACGAGUCAGAAUAGCAAUGGGCAACAAGACGGAAGAAGACAUUUUGGCAUUGCCAGUCUUAGAAGAUCCUCGUAUCAUUGCGGCACUCAAAUUGCUCUACAUUAUGUUCAAUCUACUGGAAUCUGCAGGGUGGAAGGCGGCGCCAUGUCCCAUCUUUCGACUGGUACGGCUGACGCUGAAGCAUGGAUUGAGUCCUCUGGCAGGACUUGGCUUUGUCUUCUAUGGCGUUUCCCUCAUCAAACUGGGAUAUAUUGAGGAUGGUUACCGAGCUGGAGAGUUGGCAUCCAAGAUUUUAGAGAGGUUUCCCUCCAAGCAACUGGAAGGCCAUGUCAAAUGGCUGUGUUAUGGUGUCAUCAAGGCCUCCAAGUACUCCUAUCGACAAGUCUUAGAACCGUGGGGGAGGUAUGGGACAGUGUCAAUGGAGACUGGUCAUACCGAGAUGGCAGUUGCAUCAAUUACCAUAAAGGGCUGUUUGCAAUUAUUCAUGGGAGAUCCCAUUCCAGAUAUUGCCAAAGUACUUGCGAGAUAUGUAAACAUGUGCAGAAAGUGCGGUCAAAACAAAGUUGGGUCGCUGGGAGAAUGCAUUUUGCAAACAUGUCACAAUCUACAAGGCCUGGCACAGGAUCCACUUACCUUGACUGGCGAUAUCAUAGAUGAGAGGGAGACGAUUGAACAGCUAAUAGCAGAGGAUCUUGGAGGAGUGCUCAUCAUUCUCCUCAGCUGCAAAGGUCUUUCAGCUGCUGCGCUAGCUCGUGAUUCCAGUGGUUGGGCUCGACGAAAGAAAAUCGCAGAGGCCAGACGACAAGCCAAGAAAUUGGAGAAAUUGCUGAUGCACAACCCCGAAACAGCAGCGAACAAGAAAAUCUUGAUUGAUGCCGAGCUGGACUAUACAGAGGGACGCUAUUUUUCAGCCCUUUUGAAGUAUGACAGAUCCAUUGCUUACGCCGAGCGGGAGGGCUUCGUGAGCGACCAAGCUAUUGCAUUUGAAAAGGCAGGGAGAAUGCUGCUUCAGACAGGCCAGAAUGUCAAGGCUAUGGAGUAUCUGGAACAGGCCCGAUUGCUGUAUUUGUCAUGGGGUGCUCAGGUCAAAGUGAAUGACAUUGAGAGACUCAUCCUUGUGCCCAAGUACUAG